AUGUUAUUAAAAGAGAUUAUAAGGGAGGAGUUGGAAGAGGAUUACUACAAUUACUAUAAUAACCUUGGGGAAUAUUCCACAGGUAAAGGUGAUGAUAUUAAAGAAAUUACGAAUAAUAGUCAAAAUAAAACCAACAAUAAUAAUAAUAUUACAAUUUUAACAUCCUAUAAUUAUAAUAAUAAUAAUAAUAAUAAUAAUAAUAAUAAUAAUAAUAAUAAUAAUAAUAAUAAUAAUAAUAAUAAUAAUAAUAAUAAUAAUAAUAAUAAUAAUAAUAAUAAUAACAAUCUUUUUGUGAGCCAUAGUUCAAUUCUUAGAAGCAGUUCAUCACCAUCCUCAUCAGAGUCAGAUGAAUAUAGUAAUGGCAAUAAUAAUAACAAUAGUAUCAUUAAUGACUUAUCAUCAUCAUCAUCAUCAUCAUCAUCGUCGUCAUCAUCAUCAUCAUCAUCAAUUACAUCACCAUCAUCAAACCAUGCAUAUUCACCAUACAAUAGAAGCCACAAAGGCAUUAAAAUAUCACCAAAUAAUAAACAAGUUUCAUCAUCAGGUUUAUUAGGAUCAACAAUGGUCUCUACUUCAUUAAUAAUGGGUGCUUCUAAUAUUAAUAAUAAUAAUAAUAAUAAUAAUAAUAAUAAUAAUAAUAAUAAUAAUAAUAAUAAUAAUAAUAAUAAUAAUAAUAAUAAUAAUAAUAAUAUAAAUAUCAUCAACAAUAGUAACACCAAUAAUAAUAGUAGUAAUAGUAAUAAUACCAUCAAUACAUUUAAUUUUAAUAAUAAUCUAAAUAAUUUAAACAGUAUUAAUAACAAUCUAAAUAAUUAUAGUAAUAAUAUGAAUAUUAAUAAUCAACAUAAUCACCAAUUCAACCACUACAAUAAUAAUAACAACAACAAUAACAACAAUAAUAAUAAUAACAGUGAUAAUAAUAAUAUACAUUUCUCGAAUAAUGGCAACAUGAACAUAUAUAAUCCCAAUCUUUCAAAUUUUAAUAAUAAUAAUAAUAAUAAUAAUAAUAAUAAUAAUAAUAACAAUAAUAAUAAUAACAAUAGUAAUAUUAAUAACAAUAAUAAUAAUAACAAACAAAUUGGUAAUAUUGUUGCUAAAGAUGAUGCAGAGCAAUUAAAGGAGUCUUGGAAAAAAAUAAAAGAAAUUAGUAAUGAAUUUAUAAAACUUUCAAAAUUAGCAACAAAAUCAGAUUUACAAUCAAUUGAUUUAAUUCCAGAAUUAAGAUCAAAAGUAAUGGAUCUCAAUAAUUUUUUACAUGUUAUCGAAGAAAAAGGUGAAUUAUUAAAAACUGAUGAAAGACAACAAAAGAAGAGAAUGGAAUCUGACAAAAAUGCUGAAAAGAGAGAAAAAAGAAGAGAAGCAUCAAGAUUAUUGAAUAAUGUUUGCAGAAAUUGUAAAACAACAGAAACACCUGAAUGGAGAAAGGGACCAGAUGGCACCAAGAGUUUGUGUAAUGCGUGUGGUUUACAUUAUGCCAAAAAUGUGAAAAGAGAAGCUGCUGGUUUGCAUCAUUUGAAUGAAGUUGGUAAAAAGGUUGAUUUAACUUCGAUUCUAAAUUAA